AUGACCAAGCCGGGUAAGGGUAUCCUCGCCAUGGACGAGUCCAACGCCACGUGCGGUACCCGACUCGAAGGCGUCGGGGUCGAAAACACCGAAGAAAACCGCCGCCGCUACCGCGAGUUGCUCAUCAGCACCAAGGGUAUGGGCGAAUACGUCGGCGGUGCGAUUCUCUUCGAAGAAACCUUGUACCAAUCUUGCAAGGAUGGCACCUCGUUCGUCGACGCGCUCCGCAAGGAAGGCAUGUACCCGGGUAUCAAGGUUGACAAGGGCCUCCGGCCGCUCGCCAACUCCAACGGCGAGUCUUGGUGCCAAGGUCUCGACGGCCUCGCCGAACGCGCGGCUGAGUACUACAAGCAAGGCGCGCGCUUCUGCAAGUGGCGCUCCGUCGUCUCCAUCCCGGCCGGUCCGUCCAAGAUCGCCGUGACGGACUGCGCUUACGGCCUCGCCCGCUACGCGGCCAUCUGCCAAAACGCCGGUCUCGUCCCGAUCGUCGAACCGGAGAUCCUCCUCGACGGUGACCACGACAUCGACCGCAACUUCGAAGUCGCCUCCAUGGUUUGGGCGGAGACCUUCAAGUACUUGGCCGACAACAACGUCAAGUUCGACCGCAUGCUCUUGAAGCCGUCCAUGGUUGCCCCGGGCGCCGACUGCACGAAGAAGUCCAACGCCAAGGAAGUCGCCGCGUACACCUUGAAGAUGCUCAACUCCCGAGUCCCGCCGGAAACCGCGGGCAUCAUGUUCUUGUCCGGUGGCUUGUCCGAGUUGGACUCCACCAUGUACUUGAACGCCAUGAACCAGCAACCGAACCCGUGGCACGUGUCUUUCUCGUACGCGCGGGCUCUUCAAAACUCGGUUAUUAAAACGUGGGCGGGCGAUGAUUCUCGAACCGCGGAAGCGCAAGAAAUCCUUCUCCGCCGCGCUCGCGAGAACUCUGAAGCGCAACGCGGCGUCUUCGACGUGACGAAGUCGCAGACGGAAGGUUCUUCGAUGUAUGAGAAGGGCUACGUGUACUAA